AAAUCCUUCUCCACCUCCAAGUCCCCCUUCUCCUCCUCGUCGGACCCACCACCAAAACGCUCCUCACUUUCCGCCCGCCUCAGCUUCGUCUUCGACCAAAUCGACGCCAUUGAAAAACAACAGCAAAAUCUUAUCUCCCAAAAGGACCAAACCCUACAGCGCAUCCGCUCCUGGCGCCAAUCCAGACAUCCCAAGUCGACCAACCUCAAUCAGAACCAUCGCAGUUUGGGUUAGGAUCAGCUGUCAAUGGCAACGAUAAGGUUGAUACCGAUUCCAUCUCGACGAGGGGGGACUGGAGGUGGUCAAGGAGAAAAAGGAGCAGUAGUGGAGGUGGUGCACCCGUCGGAGUGGAUUGAGUUGAUGCAGAGGUUGGUGAAGCAGAACUACUUGAUCAUAGGAGGAAGGACGAGGACCGAAUGAUCGAGAUUUGGGGUUCGAUGCGUCCAAAUUUGCAGCGGAGGACGAUAAGGUGGAGUUAGAUUCACCGACUACAAGGUGGUACAGACCGCGUGCCUCAAUUUCGGGAAAGAUCGGUUUGACAUACUGAGGUCUUUGUCGAGACAGGACAUUCAAAUUUUGGUUGGUUUUGGAUCAAGUGUGGACAAGAAGGUGGUUUUCUGCAAACUCUUAAGGAAGUAUGUCCACCUCGAUGAAGGAGAUGUUUUGCAGUUCUGCAGUUUGAGGAACUCCUGUGAAAGAGGAUAUCUGCUUACAAACAAAGAGGACGAAGCACGGACUAUUGAUAUUAUGCGUGUUUUACUGACGUUUGGCUUUGACCCUGUGAAUGGAUCAGUGAUCAAUAAGGCUCUUCUGAAACAGAAGUCUGAGACUGUUGUCCGUAAGUUGCUUCACGAGGUUGUCAAGUUGAGUUCAGUUCCAAGACCCAAUCUUCCUCCUCCAAUAAUUAAAAAGCCCCCUCCAAAAGUCAAGCAGCCCCCACCCCCUCCAAAGAAACGAGUUGGGCGUGACGAUGUUGAGAUGAAAAAAGGAGACUGGCUAUGCCCAAAGUGUGACUUCAUGAAUUUUGCAAAGAAUACCAUAUGCCUGCAAUGUGAUGCCAAACGUCCACAGAGACAGCUGCUUCCUGGAGAAUGGGAAUGCCCCAGGUGCAACUUCUUAAAUUAUAGGAGAAAUAUGGCAUGUUUCCACUGUGAAUGUAAGCGCCCUACUGAUGAAUUAAUGGAGACCAGGAUGCAAGAAAAGCAACAUGGUCCUAGGACAAGGUUGGAGAAGAUUGCUAACCCAGAGGUUUCUAAUGCAUGGAAUUUUGAUUUUGAUGACAACGAAUCAGAUGGAGCAGAUGUUGCUGCUUUUGAGUAUGCAGAUUCUUCCAUUAUGGCUAAAGGUUUCUUAAAUAGCCAGGCCCAUGGAGGCAAUUUAAGAGGGCCUAAAGGCGAUUUCAAUCGAACUAGCAGAGUUCCAAGGAUCCGUGAAAAUGAAUAUUCUGAUGACGAUACUAAUAGGCCUGGCUUUGAUGAUUUUGAUGAUGAAGAAGAUGAUAUUGAUAAGGAUUUUGAAGGCCUUAGCAAUAAUGUGCAUUCUGCUCGCAGAACGACUUCCCCAUAUUACAAUAAGCCAUCCAAAUCCGCACGUCUAAAAGCUACUUUCUCUGGAUCUGAGGAUGAUUUGGAUUCAGAUGAUGAUCUCUCAGUUCAUCCCAAUUGGAAAUCUAGUCAUGUUGCUGAUUUUAGACAGAGAGGUGGGCGGAGAGGUCAAGUGAGUCCAUCCAAGGGAUUAAGUUUUGGUUCUGAUGAGGAACUUGGCCUCAACUCUGAUGUGGAUGAUGAUUUAGAUCGGAAUUUCAGAUCUGAGCAUAAGAAAGGGAAUAGAUUGGGUUCUGAGAGAAGGGAUUUCCAGAGGAAAAGAAGUUUCGUCACUGGAGACACUCUCUUUUCUGAUGAAGACGAUGAUGAUAUACGUUCUUCUAGAAAUGAGCGAGACGAGACAAAGUAGAUUGAUACGGGACGAAAUAAGUCUCAAGGUCGUGCCAAUCAGAACUUCACAAGAGACGCAAAAUUCAGAUCCAGUGGUAAGAUGGGUGGCAGAAGGCACUCUUUCAAUGAUGAUUUUGAUGAACCAUCACAAGGGUUUCGAGGUAAUAGUAGAGGAUCUCGAAGACUUCUCAUGAUGGGUGGAAAGAACGACAGGGAGGGUGAUAUGCGGACUUUAAGGGGCGUAGAAGAGGAGAUAGUUUUGGGAAGCAGCAGCGUGGAAGGCAUAAUGAAUAUGAUAGGGAUAUGGACGGUGAUGUUGGUGGAUUUAAAAACAGCAGGCGCGUUAUAGAAAGAUAGACCAGGGCUAUAGGAUAAGCAGAAGCUCACUAAUUGCUUAUUCUAACCUCAUAUAGUUUGCAGUCAAUUCGGAAAGGGAAUGGUUGCAAAGAUUCAUAUUAAUGAAAAAGACCAAAAGCAAUCAGAAGGGAAACAUGUUUAGUUGCCACUUCACCAACACUGAAUAAAUGUCUAAUCUUUGUGGUUCUUAUGAAUUGACAUGGGUUUCCUCCUGAUUUGAGUCUUUCGAUGAGAAUUUGCCCCCAGAAGGUUGCAUCAAUCCGCGUAAGAUCUAUGAACUGCGUCUACACUUUUUCUACCUUGUGCUUCAGUUCAAUGUUGUUCUUUAGCCUGCUCUGUUGUUCAAUCGAUUGAAUAAUUGUUUUAACGCAAGGGGUCCUGUUUCUGUACAUCUCAUUGACAAAUUUUGUAGUAUCAUUAGCAUUUUUUUUUUUUUUUUGGUGUUUUCAUUUCUUCCUAAUAUAAUUGAUAAAAUAUAGUUUGUACCUUCUAA